GCUGGUGUAGGUGGGUGAAGAAGGAGCGGGGCCCUCGCCGCUCGCUCUCACUCCCUCGCGCGCUCUCGGGCAACAUGGCGGGUGUGGAGGAGGCCGCGGCCUCCGGGAGCCACCUGAAUGGUGACCUGGAUCCCGACGACCGGGAAGAAGGAGCUUCCUCGACAGCGGAGGAGGCGGCCAAGAAAAAAAGACGGAAGAAGAAGAAGAGUAAAGGAGCUGCUGCAGGGCAACAGGAACCUGACAAAGAACUAGGAACCACAGUGGACGAGGUAACAAGACAAUUGGAGGGACAAGCAUUGGAAGAGAAAGAAAAAGAUGAUGAUGAUGAAGAUGGAGAUGGUGAUGGAGAUGGAGCAACUGGAAAGAAGAAGAAAAAGAAGAAGAAGAAGAGAGGACCAAAAGUUCAAACAGACCCUCCCUCCGUUCCAAUAUGUGACCUAUAUCCUAAUGGUGUGUUUCCCAAAGGACAAGAGUGCGAAUAUCCACCCACACAAGAUGGGCGAACAGCUGCUUGGAGAACUACAAAUGAAGAAAAGAAAGCAUUAGACCAAGCCAGUGAAGAGAUUUGGAAUGAUUUUCGAGAAGCUGCAGAAGCACAUCGGCAAGUUAGAAAAUAUGUUAUGAGCUGGAUCAAGCCUGGGAUGACAAUGAUAGAAAUCUGUGAAAAAUUGGAAGACUGUUCUCGCAAGCUAAUAAAAGAAAAUGGAUUAAACGCAGGCUUGGCAUUUCCUACUGGGUGUUCUCUCAAUAAUUGUGCUGCACAUUAUACCCCUAAUGCUGGUGACACUACUGUAUUACAGUAUGAUGACAUCUGUAAGAUAGACUUUGGAACACAUAUAAGUGGUAGGAUUAUUGACUGUGCUUUUACUGUCACUUUUAAUCCCAAAUAUGAUAUGUUGUUAAAAGCUGUAAAAGAUGCCACUAAUACUGGAAUAAAGUGUGCUGGAAUUGAUGUUCGUCUAUGUGAUGUUGGUGAGGCCAUCCAAGAAGUUAUGGAAUCCUAUGAAGUAGAAAUAGAUGGGAAGACCUAUCAAGUGAAACCAAUCCGUAACCUAAAUGGACAUUCAAUUGGGCCUUAUAGAAUACAUGCUGGGAAAACCGUGCCCAUCGUGAAAGGAGGGGAGGCAACAAGAAUGGAGGAAGGAGAAGUGUAUGCCAUUGAAACCUUUGGUAGUACAGGAAAAGGUGUCGUUCAUGAUGAUAUGGAAUGUUCACAUUACAUGAAAAAUUUUGAUGUUGGACAUGUGCCAAUAAGGCUUCCAAGAACAAAACACCUGUUAAAUGUCAUCAAUGAAAACUUUGGCACCCUUGCCUUCUGUCGCAGAUGGCUCGAUCGCUUGGGAGAAAGUAAAUACUUAAUGGCUUUGAAGAAUCUGUGUGACUUGGGCAUUGUUGAUCCAUAUCCACCAUUAUGUGACAUUAAAGGAUCGUAUACAGCACAGUUUGAACAUACCAUACUAUUGCGUCCAACUUGUAAAGAAGUUGUCAGCAGAGGAGAUGACUAUUAAACUUAGUCCAAAUCCACCUCAACACCUUUGUUUUCUAAGCUUUGUUGGAGUACCUUAUACCAGAAUUAAUUCGCAACAUGUUAUCUGUUUUAACAGUGGACCUGUGUAAUACUUCUAUCCAUAUUUAAAGGAAUUUGAUCAAAGGCAAACAGUCUAAUGUAAUUAGCCAAGGAAAAGCUUUCAGGACUUUCAAAUGUUAACUGUUUCCCCUGUCUAGGAAAGCUCAAAUUAGUUAGAAAUGAUUUGUUUUAAACACCUACAACAUGCUUUUUGGAUAUUUAUAUUGCCAUAUUCUUACUUGAAUGCUUUGAAUGACUACAUCCAGUUUGCACCUCUGCCCUCUGGUAUUGCUUUUUAACCUUCCUGGAAUCCAUUUUCUAAAAAAUAAAGACAUUUUCAGAUCUGAGAGCUA